AUGGCCGAACUUCCCCUGCCGUGGUCCAUCACGAGCUCCAAGCGCAAAUCUAAGUCAGGGCCGCUAACCACGCCCGCAGCUCGGAAGCGGCGACGAGUAGGGGAAGCACUAGACGACUCUAAACCAGCACGGAGAAAAAGUCAACGGACUUUGACUCAAGCUCAAUGGUUGAAUACUCUUUCUCCGAGUCACGAUGAAGGCGACAUGCAAUUGCUGGAGGAAGGGCAGCCGCGAAGGGUCUCAGCAAAGAGGGAACUCGGGCGCAGUAUGAAGAAACGCGAUUCUACCUUGACCCAAAUCGGCUUUUUCGACUUUCCACCCUCCGACCAGCAGGACUUCGACGAGACAGUUGCUGCAUCUCCCGAAGGACGUGCUAUGCCUCAAAUGGACGGAACCCACGACAGUCCAAGAAAACCUCGAACACGCAAGGCGACCCCAGCCGUAGCCGUCUCGUCCUCGAAGCGAAGGGCCGCGCCGGAGAGCCAAGAAGAGUACAAGCCUAGAACAAGAAAAAGAAAGAGCGAGCCUGCUGAUCAAGAGCCAAGUGGCUCAGCGAAAAGACGGUCCAGGCGCGUAGCAACGAAGAAUGAGGUCUUCUCAGAUCCCGUCCGGAAUUUUGACUAUUUCGCACAAGCACUAGCCACUCCUGCGGCCGUUGACCAGGAGGAGAACAAAGACGAGCCUUUCAACUAUCCGUUGGAAAUCAAGGACUCUACAGAAGACGCCGAAGAUCCUUUGCCAGACCCGCGUCCGGUUUUACGUCCGUCGUUGCUACCGGAAACUCCGAAGAAAAGUACGAUGAUUGUUUUGUCCAGUCAAACCCCGGAAAGUCUGUGUGCCAGCACACGGAGGACGAAAAGAAGGCUGUGCGAGACUCCGACCAAGGCUCAGAGAACUCCACUGGCUGAGCGUUCGACCAAUGUCCCCCUGCAUGACACUUCUAAAAAAGCUGGAAAGAGAGGUCGAACUCCCAAGGGUCCCUCGCCGAAACGCAAGGUGGUCGUUCUGAAGCUGCCAAAGCGUAGUCAACGGCGACAUGCUACACGCAUUGAAGAUUCUCAGAACUUGUGGUCGAUUCCGUCAUCUUCGCCCAAACCCCCAAUGAAUCCUACGUCGCUUCCGGUGGCUCCAGUGGUACGCAGCACUGAGGAUGAACUCGAGAUUCCGGCAACAAGCCAGGCACAGGAGACUCAGGGCAGCCCUGCUGGCAGCCAGGACAGUCUACCAAGCUUUACUAACCUCUUCUCCGUACAGGAAAGUGGUGGAGCCAAAAUAGAUACUGACGCCCAUCCUUACUCAUCGGGGGCUUCUCCACAGAAGGAAGAAGGCAUUAUCGUAAGAGAUUUUGCUGGUGUAGUGCCGCGCAGUGGUCCUCGUCGCAACUCGACUGACGCCGGGCACCCGCAGUCACCGCCUAUGCAAGUCAAGGUAGCACCAGAACUAUGCAAUCUCCGCGACGAGACCGCAAACAUAGGGGACGAAGACUUUGAACAACUGGAUUUCGGCUCCCCCGUGGCGAACGAUACACAGUUCAAUGUUCAGGUGCUGCAUCGCGUUUCCUCGCCGCUUCCAUUGGAGCGAGCUUCGGGUACUCCAAAAGCAGUGAUCGAUCAUUCACGUCCGUCAACGCCGACAUCACAUGCAUCUGGUGUUACGUUUAUUCACGGGCCCGAAUCAUAUCUCCCUGAUGUUGAGAGAGUAGGCUCGUCUCAGUCACCAAUUCCGGUUCCUAGAUUGGUUCCCCGAUCCAGCGUUGGCCCGGAUCAUGCGGACAUCGAGCUUGACGAUGAAGACUUGGAUGAGGUACCUCUUCCGAGGACGCCUGUUUUGGUCCAUCCAGCAAGUAUGCGCCGCACGACAGGUACCCAAGUCCCGCUGAACGACACCCUCAACGACGCAUCCUCGCCUCGGCUGCGACCAGUGCGGAGCAAUACACAAAAGUCUGUCCAUCCUGCCUCAAUUCCGCACCCUUCUCAGAUGUCGACUCAAGAGCCGACGCAGGCAUUCCUGCCACCUUCAUCAAUGCCACAGAAUGGCUAUGACGAUUCAAUGGGGAGAUCCGAGACGUUCAAGAUCAAGGACUCGAGUUCUUCAAGUGUGCAUUUGAGUCAGAUCCCUCCCAAUCGCACAAGCAACCAACCCGGACUAGAUCUCGGUUAUGUUCUUGAUUCGGAUGAUGGCUGGGAAGGUGAGGGAGAUCUUGAUCUCGACCCUGCGUCGUUCCCAAUUCGGCCUUCCCAAACAUCGCCGCCCCAGGCAAAGCCUCUGCAACGGCGUCUGGAAACAAUUCCUACGAGCAAGGGAACCGAGAUGACUACGCCUGCCUCAACUUCUGGGACCAGAACCUUUCCACCGAUGCAGCGACACUCCGACCUCGAAAACGAUUCAGGUCCUCUUCAUGAUUCGCAACUAUCCCCUCCUAACGAAGUCAGGCGCUCAGAACCUGCAGGGAAGCAAGAUACCAGUGACGACUCUCACAUCCAACGCUCUCAACCCUCGGACUCUCUCCCAUCCACACCCGACAAGCCUCCGCCCCCGCAUAAGGAGUACUCCCCGAUCGCGGGUUUCAACAAUGAGACACAAUCGAACUUCACACAGAAUGGACACGUUACGGCUGCAUUCAUCCACCGCCAAAGGGAAGCGGGACUGUAUCCCGCGUGGUUUGUCCCCACGCCGUAUCAAGUACCGGGGUAUACAAGAUGGAAGUAG